CAACAAUUUUGCCGCAACUUGUAUGUACAUGAUUUGGUCUCCUCUUUGGCUUCCCGAAUGCAACUUUGUUAAAAAAUCAAGGAUUGGUUCAAAGAGCCAGUUCUGUCCACUGUAACGAGAUCUUUCGCCCCUCGGUCAUCCUCCCUCAAACGUGACUGCCGUAUGCUUCCUCGACUUGUACCUCGCGCAUCAUUGAAAUCAAUUCUCACUCUGCAAAGAUUUUCCAAGAUGACGCUAAAGACUCUCGGGGCCAAGAAAGCUGCAGAGCUUGACAAGGAUCUCAUGAGUGAGGAUGGCGGCUUCAGUAUUGACCAGUUGAUGGAGUUGGCCGGCUUGAGCGUUUCACAGGCAGUCUACAAAGUCCAUCCACCGUCUUCCGGCUCGGCCAUCCUGAUUGCCUGUGGACCUGGCAAUAAUGGCGGCGAUGGAUUGGUUGCUGCCCGCCAUCUCUUUCACUAUGGCUACAAGCCAACCAUAUACUACCCCAAGCCAACCAAACAACCGAUAUUCACCGGUCUGGUCAAGCAACUCCACAAUCUAUCCAUCCCAUUCCUUUCAACUCCUGAAGAUUUCACCUCGGCGCUAAAAUCUACCGACUUAAUCGUCGAUUCACUCUUCGGCUUCUCUUUCCACCCACCUGUCAGGUCACCAUUCGAUGUCGUUUUGUCCAGUAUCAUCGAUUCAAACAAACCAGUCCUCAGCGUGGACAUUCCAUCUAGUUGGGAUGUCGAGUCUGGACCACCGGAGAAGGGACAGAUAGGAGACAAAUUCAUGCCCGAGUAUAUGAUCAGUCUUACGGCGGCGAAGCCAUGUGUCAAAUGGUUCAAAGGAAAGAAGCAUUUCAUCGGUGGAAGGUUUCUCAGUCAGCAAGUGGCUGACAAGUAUGGCAUAGAGGUCCCCUCUUACCAGGGUUUGGACCAAGUUGUUGAGAUCGAGGUAGUUAGGGAGGUGGAGAAGCUGUGAGUAAUAUCAAUCAAGCAUGCAAAAUUGAUUCGCAAGAUUGUGGCAUCCAAUCCACGUAACAGCGGAUCAAUGGACGGAGUAUUGGUCAUUAUAUAUGAGAUUCUGGCGCUCCUUCCACUAUUCAGCCGUUCAAGGACAAAUGGGAUGCGCUAGACGGGUCUUCAUUCCAUAUAUGAGCA